AUGCACUUGUUCACGAUCGUCUGUGGAAUAUUUCAGCUGGCGGCCGGGAUCCAGUCGGCAGCAGUGAAACAGGACAUUGGCGUUGUGUCCGCCAGCGUUGGGGACAAUGUGACUUUACAUUGUUUCUACAGUAGCGAAGUCUCAAUGCACUACUCCUGGUACCGGCAAACCUUAGGAGGUGGACUUGAGCUCCUGUCAAGCUUUUACAAGUCUUAUGAACCAUCCAAAGGCUUCCACUGGUUGGAGAAGAACCCUCGUUUCUCAGUGCAAAGAAAAGAAGGGAUGAAUCAUUUGAACAUCUCUGACGUCCACGUAUCAGAUUCAGCCACAUACUUCUGUGGAAGCACGUACUACAACGUGGCGACAAUUGGAGAGGGCGUCUUUCUCAGCGUCAAAGGAGCCAGCCUCAACACAAUAUUCCAGUGGCCAGUAUCUGAGACGAUCCAGCCAGGAGGCACUGUGACCUUCAACUGUACCAUACACUCUGUGAUGGGGGCCUGCGAUGGAGAACCCAGUGUUUACUGGUUCCGACACGGAUCUCGCCAAGGCGUCCUUCAGACAGGCACGGAUCAGUGUCAACACCACUCCACGCCACCAGGGCGCCCUUCACAGAGCUGCGUCUACCAUUUGCAGAAGGUGAACCUGAGCUCCUCGGAUACCGGAAUCUACUACUGCGCCGUGGCCUCCUGCGGGGAGGUGCUGUUCGGUAAUGGAAGCGCGCUCAAAGUUGACGGUGAAGACCAAAGGGCACACGUGAGAACCUUAGUCUGGCUCUCCAUCACUAGAACUGCGAUCCUCUUGUUCUUUGGAACCAUUUGUCUCCUGGUUUACGUUCGUAAGAGCCGGUGA